GACCCAGUCAGCACACCCUGUAUCCAGCUCUGCUCUCCAGGCCUCCCAGACCCAGAGACCCAUCCACCAUGCUGCUCCUCCAGACUCUGCGUCUGGGCCUGACCUGGGCUCUCUGCCUCGCCGCUCCACAUCAUGAACCCGGUCAUGGAGGUGAACCUAAGAAACACGGUCAUGGUAUACAUGCGGCUGUCCACGACCGCUGUGAAGGCAUAGAGAUGGACGCUGCGGCUGUGAACGAGGAGGGAGUCCCCUACUUCUUUAAGGCUGGCCAUCUGUUCAAGGGUUUCCGUGGCAAAGCUGAGCUGGCGAACGCAUCGUUUGCCGAGCUGCAUGACUUUCACCACCUGGGCCACGUGGACGCUGCGUUCCGCAUGCACUACGAGGACGACAAGACCCACCACGACCAUAUGUUCUUCUUCUUGGACAGCAAGGUGUUCAGCUACUACCAACACAAACUGGAGGUGGGCUUUCCCAAGGACAUCUCAGCUGUGUUCCCUGGCAUCCCCGACCAUCUGGAUGCUGCAGUGGAGUGCCCCAAGCCCGAGUGUGAUGAAGACUCCGUCAUCUUCUUCAAGGAUGAUGACAUCUACCACUUCAACGUGAGGACCAAGGCGGUGGAUGAGAAGGAGUUCAAGGGCAUGCCCAACUGCACCUCUGCCUUUCGCUUCAUGGAUCACUACUACUGUUUCCACGGACACCAGUUCUCCAAGUUCGACCCCAAGACCGGCGAGGUGCACGGGAGGUACCCCAAGGAGGCUCGCGACUACUUCAUGAGGUGCUCCAAGUUUGCUGACGGUGCCGACCAUGCUGACAGAGAGCGCUGCAGCAGAGCUCACCUGGAUGCCAUCACAUCAGACGACGCAGGAAACGUCUACGCCUUCAGGGGCCACCAUUAUCUGCGUCAGGAUGUAGGAAAUGACACGUUGCACUCUGAAAGCAUCGAGAAGGCCUUCAAGGAGCUGCACAGCGAGGUGGACGCUGUCUUCUCAUACAGGGACCACCUCUACAUGAUCAAGGAUAAGAUGGUGUACGUGUACAAAGUCGGGGAGCCCCACACCCUUCUGGAUGGGUACCCCAAACCCCUAAAGGAGGAGCUGGGCCUGGAGGGUCCCGUGGACGCUGCCUUCGUCUGCCAGGAUCACCACAUCGCCCACAUCGUCAAAGGUCAAACCGUCUACGACAUAGACCUGAGGCUUAGAGUCCGUGUUCCUGUGGAAGAGGGUCUCCCUUUCACCCUCUUUAAGAAGGUCGACGCCGGCAUGUGUGGUCCUGAUGGUGUCAAGAUCAUCGUGGGCAGCCACUACUACCACUUUGAGAGCGUCAAGGUCAUGCUCAUGGCCCAGGCUCUUCCAGAACAGCACAGGGUUUCCCUGGAGCUGUUUGGCUGUGACCACUAGCUGGCGUCCACAAAACAACAGACCUAUCAUGGAAACGGGUCUUAGUGUCACUGUCUGUCACGUUUCUUUCAACACAUGCACCCUGGUGUUCACAUACGAGAAAGGCUGUGCCUAAAACCUGCAGUAGAGCUCAUCUUAUGCUGUGUUACCUCUGUGAUCUGUCUCAUGCCUCCAUAAUACUGUUUCUGUGUCUCCUGCCUCUGGCUCUCUCAUGGAAUGCUCUGCAGGGUUCUAGAGUGCUUGUCUCAUGGAAUGCUCUGCAGGGUUCUAGAGUGUUUGGGUUUGUGGGGUAUUUUUAGUAGAUGUAUUGAACCUCCUGGAGAGUCUAAAAGGGCUUCUCGUCUUAUCCCACUGCUGCAUUAUGCGUCGUGUUACACAAUAAAGCUGAAAUGGCAACAAUGAACACCCUCGUCUGAAC